AGCCGCCUCCCUCGGCAGGUCAGGGCCGCGGCCGAAGCGCCGCCCCCCACCCCCGUCCAGAGGAGGGCGCGACGAGAGCCGGCGCUCCUGCCCCACUGGCAGAUGCCGGGCGCCGUGGGCGCCAUCGUGGCCGUUCGGGCUCACCGUCAGACUGGGGGCUACAACGUGACUCCGCUCAGCGACGCGGACAGGAGGCGGCACGAGCAGGCGUGGAAGGAGUACCGGCACAAGGUGAAGCUGAACAGACUCAUCGCCAAGUACGACACCAACAACAGCAAGAAGUUGGAGAAAGACCAGUUGGUUCGCGGCUACAGCAGGCACGGGAGCCGCAGCAGCCACGGGAGCUACAGCCACGGGAGGCUUGCGGCCUGAUGCCCAAUCCGCUACACCUCGGCCAGGGGGCCACUUUUGUCCGAGGUGCGCCUGGCCUUGGCUGCCUGCGCGCGCGAGGCGUUCUGAAUCCUCGGCCUUCGUCGUCGGCGAAUCGUCGGCGCUGGGGCUCGCGAUUCAUCUCCCCACGACCUAUCCCCAUCCCGUCUGGGCCACGGUAUCCAAGCCUCACCAUCGCACCCCA